GAGGAAUCACUUCAAUUUGUUGGAUGAUCAACAGAGCACACAGCAGUUAGGGAAGGCAUUGCGAUCCUGUGGGCAGAAGGCUCAGCUAAUCAGUUCCAGAAGGACAGCCUCCUGCGGUUCGCUAGGCUGAAGAAGGAGGAGGAGGAGGAGGAGAAGAAGCUCAAAGUCUUGUCUCUUUUCCUGCCGAGGAAAAUACUUGCAGUAGAUCAUGGCUGUGGAUGAAGUGCGCAUAGUUCGCCCCUUUAAGUUGAUCGCGCUGAUCUGUGUCUUUGUGGCGUUGAGCCUGGACGUGGUUUCUUUGCUGAGUCCAGCCUGGGUCACUGCCCAGCGAUCCUCGCUUUCCCUCUGGGAUGACUGCAAACAAACCAUGGCUGGAUGGUACUGCGAGUCUGUGCUCCACACAGACUGGCAGAUCGCUACACUGGUGCUACUACUUGCCGGAGGAUCUAUCACUCUCAUUGCAUUCCUCUUUGCUGUGAUCUCGCUUUGCAAGGGUGCUCACAAACGCUGUUACAGGACGAUUUCUGUUAUGCUGUUCAUUUCAGUUGUUUUGCAGGUUUGUGCCCUGAUUUUGUAUCCUAUCAAGUUCAUUGAUGCCAACACACUGAGGACAUACCAUGAGUUCAACUGGGGUUACGGCAUUGCCUGGGGUGGAACCAUCUUUAUGCUUGGAGCAGCCAUACUCUAUUGCCUGAAUACAGACGCUUAUGAGGAAGAGUAUUAUUAGUUUCUUUCUAAACUAACUGACCUUAUUGAUCUUAAGAUUUAAUACCAAGAUGAAGUUUUGCUGCUCAAAGAUAAGUUAGAGAAUGUGAAUUUGAGAAUAAGUAUUGAACAAGAUCACAAUGGAUAGCAGACAUUCCGAGAACAAAUUCUUCAGCAAGAGCAGCUUUUGGGAAUGACAUAAGGUCCAAGUAAGAAAGGAAAGCUUCAGUCGUGAGGAAUGACUCGUAACGGUCUUGUGCAAUCUUUACAUAGUUUGCUUUUAGGUUCAGCUAAUUCCAAGAAGAAAUAAUUGGCCUUUAUUAUGCACACAUUGAAUUCCAAUCAGGUAAUGAUUGCUUAUUGUUAGUAAAUGCACUAUUCCAGAAUUUGGGUGAUUAAUUUCUUUAUGCUUUCAAUUUGUUGUUUUGGCCUUUAUUUUACUACUUUGUCUAGUUGUCUUAUUGCUUUGUGAUAAUAAAUGGUAGGCCUACUCCACAUUGGCCUUGCUUGUGGUAAGCUUAUUAAUGCAAAGUAAGAAAUAUUGUACCAAGUGGCCACAUCUGUUCUAAACAUUCUAACACUAGCAGCUGCAAAUUCAGCAGAAACAUAAUUUGUGCUUGUUGUUCAUCAAUGUAUUGUAACCCUUGAGUACUGCUGAUCAUGCUAUUUUUUCCGAGAACAGCAUGAACCUUAUGUAUUUGAACAUUUGUAACUGAACCUUUCAGUUGAGCUUCAUUGAUGUUCCAAGGUUAUUUGUGUGGAUUUUGAAACCGGCGACAUUCAUUCAACACACAAGGAUUAAUUGGAAAUUCUACCUGUGGUCAAACAAAGACUUUUGUUAAGUCUGGGAUGAGGGGGUUGGGGAAGAGAGAUGAUGGAAUCAAUGCCUACAAUUGAUAUACAGACUUUAUGUUCCAUAUUUCACACCUAUUAGAGCAAUUUACUAAUAAACCUUUAUUUCUGGGAUGAACAAAUGUUUCUCCGUGUCUGAACAGGAUUUAAGUAUCUAUCAUUACUCUAUAUAGUCAGCCCUCACUACUGUCUCCAUUAAACUGCUUCCCCCCCCAAAAAAAUCUUGCUCUGAACAUAAUCUUUUUAUACAUUACUUGAGGAAUUAUUUAAAUUGGAGCUUUUAUAGUACAGUCCAGAGCCACAAAUUGGGAUUGGCUAAUGAUGUUUCUUAAGCAUAGUUACAUUCAAAGGCUACUUAAGAACAUUAUCUAAAUUUUAAGUGGGAUAAUUUAUCUGUUUAUUUGGGUUUUGGAGGCCUUUUUCAAAAAAAAUAUUCAAAGAUGUACAGAUCUGGUUUCAGUUUCUUUCUCCUGAUUGUGUAUUGGGUUAUUAUUGUCACUUGUACUGAGGUACAGUGAAAAAUUUGUCUUGCAUACCAUUCCUACAGAUCAAUUCAUUACACAGUGCAUUGAGGUAGUACUGAUGAUCCUACAAGACAGUGGGAUCAUUUUGAGAAUUCAAAUGGGGUUAGUUCAUCUACAGUAAAUGGUAGAUUGCAAAAGUAUAUUUAUGGACAGAGGGUCCUUGAGGUUCAAAUCCAUAAUUCCCUGAAAGUGGCAACACAGGUAGAUAGGGUGGUGAAGAAGGCAUAUGGCAUGCUUGCUAUCAGGGCAUAAGAUACGAAACUUGUGUUGCAACUUUAUAAAACACAGAUUAGAUCAUGCUUGGGGUAUUGUGUGCAGUUUUGGUUGCCACAUUAAAGGAAGGAUGUGAUUGUACUGGAGACAGAGUGCAGAGGAGAUUCACCAGGACUUUUCCUGGAUUGGAGGACUUUAGUUAUAGGGAGAGAUUGAAUAAGCUGAGUUUGUUUUCCUUGGAGUGAAGGAGACUGAAGGGUGACCUGAAAGAGAUGUAUAAAAUUAUAAGAGGCAUAGAUAGAUUGUUGGAAUCUCUUUCCCAUGGUAGGGCUAUCAAAACCAAAAGAGCAUGUGUUGAAGUGAGAGGAAAGAGUUUUAAAGAGGAUUUGAGGGGAUUUUUUUUUUUUACACAGAGUGGUUGAUAUCUGGAACUUGCUGCCAGGGGAGUGAUGGAAUCAGAUACAAUCACUGCGUUUUACAGACAUUGAAACAGGCGCAAGGUAUAAAAAGAUAUGGACCUAUUGCAGGCAAAUGGGAUUGUGAAGAUGGGCAAAAAGGUUGGCAUGGACACCGUGAGCCAAAGGGCCCGUUUCUGUGCUGUACAGCUCAAUGACUGACUGUAAAGAUAUUCAGGUAGCUAGAGAACUGAUGUUUCUAUUAUCCCAUGUUAAUCUAAAUUGAUGAAUUGGAGUUUCUUGAUAUUACUGGAAUAAAAUGAAAAUUAAAUCAC